AUGCUCGUCAGAAGCGCAACGGACAACCCAGCACAGAGGACACAACGGAGAGCGCACCGGUUUCCCUCAGAAACGAUGCGCUUACCGCACAAGACGCGUUGUAUUGCGUGGUCGGUGGUUACCUCUCCGGUGAACCCGCGGUUCGGCGCCACAUGCGGGCUCCACUUGAACCAGUCUAGCGGCUGGUGCGGCGCAACAGUCGAAACGCGAAAAGUGCUCGCACGCAGGGCACGCUGUGAGCGACGCUCUCAAGGUUGCGCGUUUCGUACUUGGGGGAUGUCAGCGGCACCGCACGCCAGCGGUACUGGCCCUGCGACCACCGCGUUGGACGCGACACCCGAGACACUUGCAAGCUCCACAUUGAUUAAUCCGAAUCCAAAUGUCGCAUUUCCGGUAGGGGAAGAGGUUGUAGAUCGUGUUCGGGUCCGUCACAUUCUACUUGCAACGGAGCAGAUGGCCGACCUGGUGCUGCAGCAACUCAGCGCCGAUGCAGCAAGCAUGGACGCACUCGCUCGGACGCUUUCAUUGGACGAGAGCUCGCGAGCCAACGGAGGUGACCUCGGCUGGCACGCUCGUGGCUCGCUGGAUGCCGAACUUGAGUUCUACUGCUUCAAUAGUGCUCCGCGGGUGGUGUUCAAAUUGCAGACGCAACGCGGCUUCCACAUUGUACGAGUGGAAGACGCAGAAUACAAACUCGUGCCGACGGCGACCAAGUCCCGGUAUAUUCGAAGCGGGGAACUGGUGCCGCAGCUGUACGCUCGAGAGAACCCCAACAGUAGGACGAGGCGUCGCCUCUACAACGUGCAGACUUUUGGUUGCCAGAUGAACUUGGCGGACUCGGAGCGAAUGGCUGGCGAGCUCGAAAGAUGCGGUUACCGGCACACACCAGAUCCGUACGAAGCAGAUCUCAUACUCCUGAAUACUUGCUCCAUCCGCGAUCACGCGGAACAAAAAGUCUACAGCUUUCUUGGACCGUUUGUUCGAAUGAAGGAGAAGAGUAAUCCAGGUCUCAAAUUGAUCGUCGCAGGUUGCGUUGCACAGCAGGAAGGCGUGAAGAUGCUGCGCCGCAUUCCCGCUCUGGACUUGGUGAUGGGGCCCCAGUAUGCCAACCGUCUGGCUGAUCUCCUCGAAGACGUUGAAAAUGGUAAUCAAGUGGUCGCAACGGAACCGAUUCACAUCAUGGAGGAUAUUUCCAAGCCGAGACGGCAGUCCCAGGUUUGUGCCUGGGUAAAUAUCUCCUAUGGUUGCAAUGAACGCUGCACGUACUGCGUCGUGCCGUACACACGGGGUCUGGAGCAAUCACGCAGCGUCGAAUCCAUCGUCAACGAAGUCGUCCAGCUGAAAAAUGAAGGCUAUCGCGAAGUGACGCUUCUCGGUCAAAAUAUAGAUGCCUACGGCCGGGACAUGCGCCCACGAGUCACCUUCGCGCAGCUCUUACGUCAUGUCUCUGCAACAGGCAUCGAUCGCAUUCGUGCAAUUACUGCACAUCCGCGGUACUGGUCACCGCGCGUCAUCCAAGCGACUGCAGAGCUCCCAAAUAUCAUGCCCUACUUCCAUAUUCCGUUCCAGGCUGGUGAUGAUGAGGUCCUCAAGGCUAUGGGACGGGGCUACACUGCGAAACGGUAUCGGCGGAUCAUCGAAAUGAUCCGCGAAUACCUCCCCGAUGCAGCGAUCACCGCCGAUGCGAUUGUUGGCUUUCCCGGAGAAACUGAGGAGCAAUUUCAACGCACGCUUGAACUCAUGGAAGCAUUACAGUUAGAUAAUGUCAACACGGCAGCGUACUCACCGCGGCCUUUUACUCCCGCUGCCUCCUGGGAAAAUCAGGUGCCGGAAGCGGUGAAAAUGGAACGUCUGCACCGGAUCAAUGAGCUGAACAUGCGUAUUGUCGAUGCUCGUAGUCAGCGUUAUUUAGGCCGGAUUGAAGAGGUACUGGUUGAGGAGGUGAACCCCAAAUCCCCGGAAUUGGGCGUCUGUGGACGCACGCGAACGAAUAAGAAAGUAUUCUUCGAGGCUCCUGGAGGAAUCCAGCGCUGGCGAGGUCGCAUGGCCAAUGUUCGCAUUACGCAAGCACGAGCGUACAGUCUUACUGGGGAACUCGUAGCGACCUGUCCGCAAGGUUAUUGA